AUGGCACCGGAAACCCCCGCGAAGCUUAAAGAAGUUCUGGUUGUGACUCCACACUCUCCACCUGUGAUGCGUAAACGAAAGGUGACACCCUCACUUGAACUGUCCUCUCCUAACAAAAUGUGCAUCCUAUCCCCUGAUGCCGUGUUCUCUUCGGGGCAGGGAGUUGUCUGUCUGAAUGACUCCCCUGUGCUUGCACCAUCAAAGAGACUUUUUCCGUUAGGUGAGGCUACUAUCAAUACGAGGUCCCAGAUUAAGACGCAUACCCAUCUAGAGUCAUCAGAGGUGCUAGAGUCGGAGCCUCCGGUAAUCCAAAUUCCGCCGUCCCGACAUGUGAUUCUACCUUUCAACCUUCGUGAAAAACGAACAUUCCAUCGCAAUUCUGCUCACCUUAUGCAGCUGUUUCCUGACACAAAGACAAUUCUAUUCGAUGGCUAUUUUAUGGUGUUUUUGCUCAGCUCCCUGCCACCAAAGCCGUGGCCGCUGACCAUUGCUGGUGUCCAACCAUACUUUACGACGGACGCGGAUGAUACUGGCCCACUGCCGUCAAUGAAGCGUAUGAGCAAAUCGCGCCUUUUCGUAGACGUUAAAAUCGACGUUUCCCACCUUCCACCCUCUCAAGUUGACAAUGCAUUCCAGCUCGUCUUCGAUUUCUUUGCGAAAACUCAGAUCUCUAUCACCCAAGUUCAGUACUGGGGCAAUUUCUUCAUGAUUGUGCUAGAGAACGAAGAAACAGAUAUGAGUGCAGUUCCCCGUUCGAUAGGCUGCUGUAACUGUUUUUAUCUGUUUGACAAGGAGGUACGACGACCGACACGAGACCAACUUCCGGCUCGCAAGCUCAUAGAACCGACUAAUGAUAUUAUCGACAAUAGCAAGUAUGAUACACUGCGUCCCGGCGUCAUUUUGAGUUAUGGCACAUGUUCUACAACAGACUCUGAAUAUCUCACUACCUCUGGUGUACUUGUUGAAGACUCUAACUCCGGUGAGCGAUAUAUCACUGUUGCUUCCCACGGUUUUCCAAAUGACGAUAAAGUCUUCCAUCCGUGUGCUAGCGGUAAAGAGAUUGGUCGUAUCAUCAUGGAGAUCACACACACAGACAUCGCAAUAGUGAAAUUGCAUGAUGAUAUUCCGUUUGUGAAUAAUACUUUCGAGAGCACCAUUGAGGGAAUACGACCUACCCAGUUGCAAAAUUUCGUUAACGUCGAUAGCUUGAUGCCCGGUGACAGUGUCUAUAUGAAUAGCCCUUUUGUUGGUUAUUCUGAAGGUAUCUGUGGACCUCACACUCGUAACCGAAUUCCCCAUGAUGAUCCUAGUCAACCUACAUUCGAAUGGGUUAGAACUCGCUGGUGCUAUAUGGGCCAAGGAUCCACCGAAAGUCUCCGAGAAGGUGUUUGCGGAUCUGCGAUCUGGGAUAAGGAGGGAAAUGUGAUUGGGUUCUUCCGUUUUGCACCGACGUCCGGUCACUUUUUAGAGUGGUCUUUCUGCGUCGGAGCUGAUCAUAUCAUUGAACGCGGUUUUAAAAUUGCGCGAGAGUCCGGACAUUGA